CUGUAUUGAAAAACGCGUGCGGACAUAUGUUGUUGAUAUGUGAAACGCUAGUUCGCGUUAGUCAUGACAUGUUCACAUGCAUCAUGACGAAAUGAGGGUCUGCUCUGAUGUCUGGCAGCGACAUGUGAGACACUUCUUUCACUUUUCCCUGAACAGACGAUUUUUUUUUAGCUUACAUGCUACGUCCGAUAAGCAGUGACAGUUGUUUCUGGAAGCAGUGAGGGCAGAUAGUGGGUGUUGCCAGCUAACCUAACUUGGGUUGUAGCUAGCUAAUGUUAGCUGUGUUAGCUGUCUUCUUGGUAUAACUAGCAGGUCGGGUUAGCCAAAGUUUAGACUGGGGGUAUUACGCCACUGAAAUGGACCUGACACCUGAAUGGGACGACGAUGAGCGGAUGGAAUAUAUGUUCUCCGACUUCAAGGAGAACCGAGACGUCAACUCGACAGACUGGGACAGUAAGAUGGACUUCUGGACGGUUCUGGUCGUAAAGAACUGCAGGCAACGCGGCACUGUGUGUGUCAGCCUGCAGGAGCUGAACAAGACCUUUAAGAGGAAAGAGAAGUCCCCGCUCGGUUUGCCUACUGUCAUCCAGUCCAUGGCCAGGAGUGGGAAGGUCAUGAGGGAGUCCGAGUUUGCUGCCAAUGUGGACUGUGGCUGGCUGUCCUGGGGUGUCGGCCUGCUGCUGGUUAAACCUCUGAAAUGGACGUUUUCUACUCUGCUGGGGGGCAGCAGGGUGCCUCUGGAGGAGUCCUUUGUUGUCAUUGAACUAGUCAAGGAGAAAGCAGCAGAAUUACUAAGGGUGUACCGGAGCAGCGAAUUUGCAAGCAGCUCCAUCCUGUCAUUUCAAGAACUGUGUACUCUGUCCUCUGACGUGUGUGUUGAUGAGAGCACCCUGUGCAUGGCUCUCCUGCAGCUGCAGAGGGACAAACAAGUGACUGUUUUUUUGCACGAAGGCGAGAAGAUUGUUAAGUUUUGUCAGCCUGGCCAAGAUCGUGUCUCCCCAGUCAGUGAUGUUGAAAUCGGAAUCUACCAGCUGCAGCGCAGUGAGAAGCUGCUGGGAGAGCGGGUGGAGAAACUGGGCCUUCAGGCUGACAAAUUCAAAGAGGAAGCACGGAUGCUGCUGAAGGAAGGGAAGAAAUCAAAGGCUCUGAGGUGUUUACGAGGCCGCAAAAGGGUAGAAACAAGAGCCAACAACUUGUUUGCCAAACUGGAGUCCAUCAGGGCGAUCCUGGACAGAAUAGCCCAGUCACAGACCGACAAAAUGGUCAUGCAGGCCUAUCAGGCUGGAGUGGCAGCCCUGAGACUCUCUCUGAAGGAUGUGACAGUGGAACGUGCUGAGAACCUUGUGGAUCAAAUUCAGGAGUUGUGUGACACUCACGAUGAGGUGAACCAAACUUUAUCCAGUGGAGUGACGGGCGCAGAUGAAGAUAUGGAUGAGUUGGAGGAGGAACUGAAAUCUUUGUUGGACGAGUCAAAGCCGGAUUCCAUCCCAGAUUUACCUGAAGUUCCAACAAGCAUUCUGCAAACCCCAGGAGAGCUGAGUGUCGCAGGUGACAAACUGCUCAGCUCUCUACCUGCUGUACCCUACACCCCUGUGAAUAUCUCCACUCAGAAGCUGGGUGAAGAGUUGAACAUGUUAACUCUCACAGAUUGAGGUUGUUGCCUUCAUCUUUCUCUCACAUUUGGGCUGUAAAAGGAAUGUUGUGAAAUAACAAAUGGUCACCUCUCCUUCGCAGGCUUUGAUUAGAAUAGAAUUACAUCCCCUGCCAAGAGAUCAGAACUAAACAUGGCAAGUUUGAGGCUCUGCAUCAACAUAUCAAACUGUAUCCAUGAAAAAGUUUGCAGAAGUAAAAAUAACAAAAACAAGUACUUACAUAUCAAUUAUGAAAUUGUAAUUGAAGUGGUUGUAAACUCUGGCAACAUGAAAAUGUGGCAUCCUACUUGAUUUAAUGAAAAUAAAAAUACCUUACUGUGACGGCUGCCAAAGAUGAUUUUUAAACAAAUAUUCUCUCCUUUUGUAAAUUAACACAUUUUUCAGAUUGAGAGCUUUCAGGUCCACUCUGCUGUUGGGAUCUGAAGGAUCUCAAGUCUGAUGUGAACUUUUUGAUCAUUUAAAGUAUGCACUUUGUUAUGCUACCACGAGGAACGCUUUUAAAUUUGUGUAAAAAUGAAAAGUGUGACAAGUGUAUUUGUCGUUUACAGUGAGUUGUGAUCUUUAAAUGUCCUUCAUUGGCAGUCCUGUAAGUGCAUUAAGUUGCCUUUUGAACUGUAAUUAUAUUUGAAACUUUAAAGAAAAUAUUAUGCCAAAUAAUCUACUACCAUGAGUAUAUAUUAUGUGUCACUGUAACAUACAUAUGAAGACUGAGAGGUCUACCUUAAGUGAGUUUAACUAAAUAUAUAUCUGAGAAUAAAAUUUAUUUUAAUCAUUC